AUGACUCCACCAGAUCAUUCAACAAAUUCUUUUAUGUCAGAAUUUACUCAAUUACAUUCUAUUAAAAAUCAAAAUAAUUCAAUUCGAUCACCAUUUUCUCUAUCAUCUACACAUUUAAAUCAAUAUAAUCUUAUCUCAAAAAAUUUUACAUCACCAACAAAUAUAUUUCCAUUAAUAUAUGAAAAACAAGUAAUACUUGAAUGUUUAUAUACAAAAGAUUCAAUUGCAUAUGGAACAAUUCGUGUACAUAAUCUUAAUUAUAAUAAAAAUGUUUUUGUUCGUUUAACAUAUAAUGAAUGGAAAACAUUUAAUAAUAUUCAAGCAUAUUAUUUAACGAGUUAUUCAAAUAAUAAUACAGAUGUAUUUAUAUUUGAAAUAAAUUUAGCAAAAUUUAAUAAUAAUGAUGAUAAAACUAAACUAAAAAGAAUUUUAUUUGCUAUUUGUUUACAAACGAUGGGAAAAGAAUUUUGGGAUAAUAAUCAACAAUCAAAUUAUGUAUUGGACGUCAUAUUGAAAGAUGAUAGAUACAUUACAAAAUAA